UACGCAUAUCCGGGUACUGGCAGGCGUGGCUGGCUGGCCUCAUUGUCGGGGAUUUGCCCACUCAUUGACUACUACAACACACACACAAUGACCAACGCAGAGGCCACAGCGGUGCAUGCGAUCGUCGUCACGCCCAACGAUGGCCUCGUCUUUCUGGACGGCCGCGCCACCAUGACGCUCACGAACCCCAGCAGCGCUGACUGCGUUGCGUUCUCGGUACGUCCGAGCGCUGCGUACAAGGUCGAGCCCAACCACGGCGUGCUCAAGCCGGCUGGCGGCAUCGCGCUGCUGGUGACGCCGCUCGACGCGACGCGGCACCCGCGUGACGACCUCACCGUGCAGUCCGUCGGCGUCGAGGCGUCGUACUGCCGCGCGCUUCAGGCGCAAGCCGCACCAGAUGCCAUGCACGCGCUCAUCCAGCUCUGGGCCAACGUCGAGAUGGACCACGUCACGAGCUACCGCGUCUUUGUGCAGAAGCGGCCCUCGAUGCGGCUGGACACGAUCAUCACGCCUGUCGUGGACCCGACGGCAACGCACGUCGAGAGCAUCUCGUUUGUGCUGUCGCCCGAGUCGCCCGUGACGAUUCUCGUGCGCAACCCGAGCGCCCGGGACAGCGUCACGUUCCAGGUCAUGGCGUCGCAGCUGAAGCGGUACCACGUGCGGCCCAACCACGGCGUGCUCGGCCCCAUGAGCCAGAUCCGCGUCCAGAUGCUCUUGAAGCCCGCGUACUGCGACAAGCUGCUCCGCGCGACGCCGACGACUCGCGGCCUCCUCAAGGACAAGAUCUUGGUCCAGGCGCUGACGCUCUCGCCCGACUUUUGUCGCCAGCUCACCAAGAAGGCGUCGAAAGAGGUCAUUGACGACCUCACGACGCUCUGGAUACGCGCCGAGAAGAAGCGCAUCGUGACCAAGAAGCUGCGAUGUCGCUUCGAGCUCACGGCGGGCGGGCCCAUGACGUGGCACCUUGCGCUGACACCCUCGAUGGACUUUGCGCCGGCGGUCGAAGGUGGCGACGAUGAAAACGACGUCGUUGUCAAGAAAGGUUCGCAUCGCGCGCCUCCGCCGCCGGCCAAGUACUGUGAUUGCGAGAUCAUGUGAGACGAUGACGCUCCUCUGCCUAGGCUGGACGACGCCGACUUAAUGAAUUGGGUCCUUUGCGUCUACCAAGGCCGCCCCGUUCUGUGUUGAGACACCUGCAUGUUGUCCACUCCAUUUUACCAACGAGCAUCACCGUUGC